AAAGUAUCACCAUUUGCGCUCAAUAUUAACCACUCGUAAAAGAAAUAAGUUUUGAUUUAUUUAUUUAUUUAUAUUUUCUCGUAAUUCAUAUGACAUUUAACUGAAGGUUGUGUUAAAAAGUCAUGAAACAAAUACUUUUGACCACAUUUUUGGUCAUAACGGUUGGCGUGAAUUGUAUUGAAUUUGAUGCAAAAAUAUGCGAUUCUUUGCCACAAUUUGACGGAAGGCUAAGAGAGAGGAUCGCAAACAUAUCGACAGACGUCCAGAAAAUUAUUGAUUAUGUGGUAAACGGCGCCGACAGAGGAGUCACUUACAAUGAAUUGGCUAAAUUUGUGGACACUUUCGGCUCACGACUCGUCGGCACUAAGAAUCUGGAGAAUGCCAUCGACUAUAUGUUGGACCUGUUGAAGACUGAAGGACAUGACAAUGUUCACGGAGAGCCUUGUGCUGUACCUGUUUGGACAAGGGGCAAAGAAUGGGCGCAAAUGAAUAGUCCGCGUGUAAAGCCAUUAAACAUAUUGGGUUUGGGCUAUAGUGUGGGCACAAAUGGCACUGUACUGACCGGCGAAGUAGUUGUGGUCAAAACAUUUGAUGAAUUGAAAAACAGAUCAAAUGAAGUGAAGGGAAAGUUUGUUGUCUAUAAUUUUGACUUUAAAGGCUAUGGAGAAUCGGUUGAAUACAGGGGCCGCGGGGCCAGUGAGGCCGCCAAAUACGGCGCUAUCGCAGCACUGGUUCGGUCAGUAACUCCACUAUCUAUUAAUUCACCCCAUACUGGAAUGCAAUCUUAUGCCUCGGGUGUCGUCAAAAUACCGGCCGUCAGUAUCACCGUUGAGGAUGCGGAACUGUUUGGCCGAUUGGCUGCUAGAGGAGUGAAAGUAAACGUUAGUCUCUAUAUGGAGGCCCGUAUGGAGGCGGAGGGCACCUCUCGGAACACUGUUAGCGAAAUUAAGGGCACCGACAAACCCGAUGAGGUGGUGUUAGUAUCGGGUCAUUUGGACUCUUGGGAUGUGGGACAGGGGGCGAUGGACGACGGCGGCGGUGCCUUCAUCUCAUGGCGAGCCCUAUCGGUGAUUAAAAAACUCGGUCUCAAACCCAAGCGUACACUUCGAUCGGUGUUGUGGACGGGCGAAGAGAUGGGACUAAUCGGCGUUCAGAACUACGCCAAAGAACAUGCGAGUGAAUUGAGCAAGAUGAGUAUCGCCAUGGAGUCGGACAUCGGCACGUUUACCCCGUUUGGCAUAUCAUUCUCGGGCACAAACACUACGGCCCAAUGCAUUGUGAACGAAGUGCUCAAAGCCCUCAACCCAAUCAACGCCACUCACAUGAGUCUCGGUAAAGACGGGUCGGACAUAGACUUCUUGAUGGCGGCCGGAGUUCCCGGAAGUAGUCUUGACAAUAGACACGAGACGUACUUCUAUUAUCAUCACUCAAAUGGCGAUACCAUGACUGUUGAGGACUCGCAUCAGCUCGACCUCUGCACAGCCGUCUGGGCGGCCACUUCUUACGCCUUUGCUGCUCUCGAUGACAUGUUACCAAGGUAACCCCUUUUCCCAAUAACCACGGACAGUUUUCUACCAAUUUAACAUGGAUAUUUUUACCCAAAAAACCAUUUUUAUCCUGAUAUAAUUUAUCACGUGGUUAUUUGA